CCUUUUCACCAUUGACUUUCUCUGUGUUUUCUUAAACUCAUAUGUUUAUCAUUUUACAACCAACUUUCAUUUCUAUUCAGUUCCAAUUUAUUUAAUAAUAUCUUUGGUUAUACAACAAUUAUAGUUUAUUGUUAUUUAUGGAUUGACAUCAAUUGAUCUUGUAAUCAGCCUAGCAAAGGAAAAGUUUUAUUCUCCUGUUGAAACUCAAAAUGGCUAACCGUGGCGAUGAUGUAAGUUUUGAAGCUAUUAUCGAAGAUUGUCGGGUCUUGCUGAAAGCACUACAGUCCAUUUGUUUUGGAGACAGAGCUACAGUAGUCGUUAAUCAACAAGGAAUCAUUUUAAAAGUUGAACAAGCAAAAUGUUGCCAGCUUUCAAUAUUUUUGGAAUGGGCUCUGUUUAAAGAAUCUCCAACCAUUAAGGAUUCAUUUUCAUUUUCGAUCAAUUCUAAAGAGCUAAUUAUGUUCCUAUCCAUUUUUGCUGGUGACAACGAUGAGCCGCUCGAGGAAGGAAGUGAAAAAGGAACAACUCUAAAACUUAAAUACAAAGGUAUGGGCGAUCCAUUCUAUUUGUCAAUUGGUAAAGAAGACAAGUGUAUUACUGAGUGUAAAUUAUACACUUUUGAUCCUCAAGAUUCACUCAAUAUUGAAUUGGAUGAUGCUGACAUAACUAAUAAAGCUAUCCUAGAUGUUCCCUACUAUAAAGAGAUUUGGGCUGAUUUUGAUUCUGCUAGUAAAGAACUCGGAAUUGAAUUCUCCACAAACCCAGAGUGCUUAAGGUUCAUAACUAAAAGUAGCUAUGAAAGAACAGCUAUUGAAUUAUAUCCCAGUUGUAAAGGAGUGACUACUUUGGAAUGCAACGAAAACCAGAUCAACUUCUAUCAGAUGUCAUUUAUUAAACUGAGCCAGAAAAUAUUGAAUCAAGCAAGUAAAUUUAACCUUAGUACAAACAAUGAUGGACUUUUAUCGAUGACAUUUUGUAUACAACUGGAAACCGAACGUGCUGCAUUUGCCAGAUUUUUCUGUGUUGCCAAUCGACCGGACGAUCUUUAAAUUGCAAAACUAUAACAGUGAUUAAAAAAUAAUUGUCAUUGGAAUUUUUCCACGAAUGUUCGUCAAACAGACAAUUCUUUGCUGGAACCUUGAAAUAUCCAGUAUAACAGAUCUGUGCUUUUAACGAAGCAGUAAGUGAUGGCGAAGCUCACAUCUUUAGUAAGUGUACUCAACUGGACAUAUCACAUUCUUGGCAUUAUAAAUUUUAUAAAUUGUUUAUUAUGACUUUUUUGGCAACGAACUAGGAAGGAAGAAUUUGUAUACAACAAUAGACAACAAUGUGGCUCCAGAAACAGAAUAGAUGGUCGCUCUUUUCAAUGCUUUCAAAGCAAGUGAUACACCAUUCUCGUAUAAGGCCGCUUGAGCGUUUUGAAGUCCCUGAAUAUGAUGAAAAUACAAUCAAUUAAACGAAAAUUAUUCAAAUAUUAUGGUGCUUAUAAAAAUUAUAUCUUACCUUUUGAAAA